ACACCUGUAGCUUGAUUUUCUUAUCUUCUUCUGGCAGGUUCUGCAAACUGCAAAUAACUUGGAGGAGGUAACAGAGAAUGUCGAUUACUAUGUUCAAGGAACUACUCUUGCUGCUGGAAAUCUAUUUGGGAGGUGAUUUAGUUAGCUCAAUCAUUAUUUGCAUUUCCUUUUGCCCUUCUGAUAUCUUCUGGCAUAUAAUAUUUGAUGUCUUCGCUAACUAAUUUUCGCUGCUAACUUGAUGCUUGGGAAUUACAGAAUGCACAGUUGUUCAUGAUUCAAUACCAAAUGUGCAAAAAUGUUGUCUAACCUUUCCUGCCCUGCAACAAUUUACUUCCUUCUUGGCCUGUUUGGUUUAAACUAUUUUUUUUUUUUUAAAUUACUACUCUCUCCAUUUCAUUUUAUGUGACGGUAUUGUUUCAUUUGAUAACUACUACCACCGUCUCGUUUUAUAUGAUAAUAUUUGACUGGAUUCAGAGUCUGUGAUCUUAAGUUGACAAAUAUAUAUAUGAUAAGUGAUGUUGACUUGGGUGAUGCCGGGUACUGUGAAAGAGGCGUUGUUCAGCUGGAAUAUUCAUAAAAGAAGAUUUGAUCAAAAAAAUAACUACAAUGGUCGUAAUGACCGUAGUCCCCCAGCACCAGCUAGAGAUGUUGAAGUUAUUGUCCUAAGUGAUUCUGACGAAGAAAAUGAGCCACUUAUCUCUUCUGCAUCCAUUUACAAUCACAACCAUACUGAUGCACCUAAAGUCUCUUUUCCCGGUAGGCCUAAAGGAAUUUCAGAUUCUUGCCAGGACGACCAUGCACUUGUUAAUGAUGGGAGUUCAAGCCUGGGGCUGUUCAAUGCAAAUGAUGAUGAACUUGGGAUAAAUAUGUGGUCUUUGCCUACGGUUAACCAGGGGGCCCCGGGUUUAUUUGGUUCAGAUACUGAUGUCUCAAGUCUUUAGUAGUAGAUUUUAAUGGCUACUCGUUGGCUGCAGACACUGGCAUUGGAUCUUGUUCUCUUCUUCCUGAAUCUCCUGUUGAUCGUCCGUAUGCUGAAAUGAAUGAUGGUUUAGUUAAUAAUCCCCUAUCAUUUGGCAGUACGGAUCCCUUAUCACUUCAGAUAUUGGCUGCAUCAGCUGAGGCGGAUAUGGGGCAUCAGUCAGGUGUGUCAACUGACGUUCAUACUGAGGAUUGGACUUCACUUAGGCUUGGCGCAGGUGGGGAUUCUAAAGUUGCAAAUGGGUUGAGCUCAGGGAAGCCGUCGCAAUCCAAAGAGUCUUCCUUGGACUCAUUGGCUGACAAUGCUUCAUUGCUUCUUGGCAUGAAUGACGGAGUAUCAAAGAAGAGCGGUAGAGAAAGAUCAGAGGGUCCGUUUAAUUUUCCUCGCCAACGUCAUUCUGUAAGACCGAGAUUGUAUCUGACUAUUGAUUCAGACACUGAAUAGGGAGCCGAACUCACAUUAGAGGAAUAGUGGUUACUUCUACUGCAAAAAUAAGGAUUCAACCACAUGAUACCUGUUUGUAGGAUCUUCUCUGCUGGCUUGGUAAUUUAUCUUUUUGGCUUGGAGAUGAACAUGCAUCUACCAACAGGAAACUGACUUCAAUUCCUGUGCUGGAUAUUUAGGAGUUCUGAUUGGUGAGCUCUGAACCUUCCGAUUUUUGUAUUCUAUUGUCUGGACUUGGAAUCCCUGCUGCCAUACCCUCCUUUGCAUCAUGAAAAGGGCGUGGCCAUAUACUUCUCUUCCUUUUUGUAGACGGUUCCUUGCAAGUGAAAUGUACAUUUGAAUAGCUUGGAUAGGGCAAGCUAACUGUACAUUUGGAAAGCUUAGCUAGGUUUAAAAUACACCAGUUGGUAAUUACCACUGGAUGUACAGUAGCUAUAAGGGGGAGCCAUUUAUUCAUUCAGAACCUCCUCUUUGCCUCAUAAGAGGAGGGGCCUAUAGCCUAUAAAUCUUAUUACAUUGAGUAAUUUAUAGACUGUAGCAUUUUCGGAUU